GGCGGGCCGAGCAUGGCGGCGCUGCGGGUGCUGGAGCUGUACAGCGGCAUCGGGGGCAUGCACCAGGCCCUCAGAGAAAGCUGCACAUAUGCAGAAGUUGUAGCUGCUGUUGAUGUGAACACUCUUGCCAAUGAUGUUUAUAAGCACAACUUUCCCAGCACCCCGUUAUGGGCAAAGACUAUUGAGGGAAUAACACUGAAAGAAUUUGACAGAUUAUCUUUUGAUAUGAUUUUGAUGAGUCCUCCCUGUCAGCCUUUUACAAGAAUUGGCCUGCAAGGUGACGUGUCUGACCCACGGACCAAGAGCUUUCUCUAUAUCCUUGACAUUCUCCCAAGGCUUCAGAAGCUUCCAAAAUACCUACUUUUAGAAAAUGUUAAAGGAUUUGAAUCCUCUUCUGCAAGAAAUGAACUUUUGCAAACACUAACAACAUGUGGAUUUAAAUAUCAGGAAUUUCUCUUGUCUCCAACAUGUCUUGGCAUUCCCAAUUCUAGGCUGCGGUAUUUUCUAAUUGCAAAGCUUCACCAAGAACCAUUUUCCUUCCAAGCUCCUGGUCAAAUAUUGACAAGAUUCCCAGAUCAGGAUCCAGAAGAUUUACUCAAGGAAAAAGUUGCUGACAAAGUGGAUGAAGCCAGUUCUUUGUCCUCUGAGGAGAAGAAUCUGGAUCCAAACAUUGGUCCAGAUUGCAGCAGCAAGAAGAGUUUACCAAAAGGGGCCUUUCUGUUUAAGCUUGAAACAGUAGAAGAGAUGGAAAGGAAACAUAAUCAGGAUAAUGAUCCCUCUAUUCAAAUGCUAAAAGACUUCUUGGAAGAGGAAAACGAAGAAAUGAGUCAAUAUUUCUUACCACCAAAGUCCUUACUGCGCUAUGCUCUCUUGUUAGACAUUGUUAAACCCACCUGCCGGAGAUCCACGUGCUUUACAAAAGGGUAUGGACACUAUGUAGAAGGGACCGGCUCUGUUCUGCAGACAGCAGUAGAUGUACAGCUUGAAUCAGUGUUUAAACACAUUGAUGAGUUACCAGAAGAAGAGAAGCUUAUGAAAUUGUCAACGUUAAAACUGAGGUACUUUACCCCAAGAGAAAUUGCAAAUCUUCAUGGAUUCCCUUUGGAAUUUGGUUUUCCUGAAAAGGUAACAGUAAAGCAACGCUAUCGUCUGCUGGGAAACAGCCUCAAUGUGCACGUGGUGGCAAAAUUGAUCUCCAUUCUACUUGAAUAAUUUAGAACCUGAAACUGAUGCAUAUGGACUGGUGACAGAAAAUACUUCCAUCUUUUAGGAGAAAGCUGAUGGAACCUGGACAAAUACCAGAGCUUGCCAAGAUACUUGCCCAGACAUUUUGCUGAAUGAUUUUUAUAUAUUUUUAAUAACUUGCAUUUAUGAUGGAUUUAAACUGUAUAGGUGUUUUAUUUAAAGGGCAGUUUACAGGACUUACUUGCUUUAUUUGAAUGUUCUUUUUAGUUUGCAGAAUGAAAAAUAGUACACAUGCUAAUACUUCAAUGAGAAAGGACAAGAUUAUUUUAUUUUACUUUAUUUUUUAUCAUAAAACCAUUUUCAGUACUGUGUGAAACUGUGUCAAAGCUGUUUCAAUCAGGUGCAGAGAUCAAGUUCUAUGUGUAAAAUGUCUUCAUCUUUAAAUGAAAGUAAUCCAUUCUGAAAAGAUUUGCUGUAUAUAUGAUCUGAAAUUUUG